ACACAACACAAACCCUUUGCCCACCACAUAUCAUACCCUGACUUAAUACAUCUUGCCCCAUUAUUGUUAUGAUACAUAGGAUGCACCACGAACGUAAGCCGUCCCUCUCUUCCACACCCACCUAUAUCACCAAGGGGCUCUUUUCCCACACAACGUCCGUGUCAACUCCAGACGAAAACGCUUCAACAACCACUUCCUCCUCCCUUGGUGGUUACUUUUCCUUGUCCCGUUCAACAUCUACCAGUAAUAAGAAGCGGAGACCUUCCGAGGCCGAAGCUGCUGGCUCACAGAAUAGAUACGGUCCUUCUAAAUCUAUACAACAACAUCAGAAUUCUGGGGGACUUGCGUCGUCAACUACUAAGGGAAUGUUUGGUCGAUCUGGUGCUAGAGGCCCGGAGUUUGUUACUACAGGACCUGGUGGACUGGGCGGUGGUAUGGCUAUUGGUGCUGUUGGAGGGAGUGUGGGGAAUGGCCCACAGAGCCCCAAUACUCUCUAUGAAACUGUUCACGAGGUCGCAACGAAACGGAUUGCAACGUUGGAUUACUUGAGGAGAGCGCAUGAAGGGAGGGUCUACUGGUUCAACACUGUUUUGUUCACAAAGGCAGAUUUACAGAGGAUGGUAUAUCAUGAUGGCAAGAAAUUGGCUCGAAGAGCAAACAAUUAUUUCAUCCUCGGCAACUCACUUCCUUCAAUCCUAGACUUGGGAACCUCUUCCCCUCUCGAUUACCUCAAAGCAUUCAACCAUCUUCUCCAGGAAUACGAGACUCACAUAGCACUUCCGCCCUCCCGCCAACCAACCCGUUCCCACAGCUCAUCGAUAUCCUCCAACCACCACUCCCAUCACACGACCUCGACUUUCCCGUCCGUUCGCCUGCCUAAGCUCUUCUCCCGCUCCUCAACAAAGCCUCGUCGUGGAUCUUCUGCGGCGACGUCUAUUCCGACAAUGUCCACAAUCACUCCACCAUCUACUUCAAACUCGGAUGUUACCGCUGCGGAACGUGCUCGCUCCGCCUCCGGAUCAUCCACUGCCCUUCCAGCGGCACCCUCAUUACCCAGUUCGGAGUACCUCUACCUCUCUACUCCUCCUCUCCCUUUCGAGCCGGAUUACUACGAGACCUUUGCCACUCUCUGCGAUGUUCUGAUUGACGCGUACUCCCGUGUGCUGAGCCUCGUCAGUACUCCUGCUGCGUGCGCCCAUGGCGUCGGCGAGGCGUUCCUUAAGGCGGACGGAAAAGUGCGUCGUGUUGUCGUCGCGGGUGUCACUCGGGAAUUUGAAGAUGCUUGUCGUGGGGCGGUAAAGCGGGAGAUUGGAGUUUUGGGAAAAGAGAUACUCUCUGGGAUUAUGUGAUAAGUUGUGGCUUAUGUGUUUUUUUUUAUGACCCCAUAAUUUUCUCCUAUCGUGUAUAUCUUGGGCUUUUUAUUUCUUUCUUCCUACUUACUUUUCUUUGGGUUGUUUUAGAGUGCUAAUUUGUUUUAUUUUUCUCUUUACGGUUGGCUGGCGUGGGGGUUAUGGAAUUGUGUUCUGUUUGCGUUCAUGGUGGUGGGAUAUGUGCUACGUUUUAUGAUAUUGAUGAGUCUGGCAGUCAUGAGUUGUCACUCGUAGAGUGUGGUGUUUGCUGAUCGUGUUCUGUCAAUGUGUGGGGAAGAAUAAUCUGUGUGUAAAGGGAAGAGUGCGAUUGAUUCGGCAUAUCGCUGUACAAUAAAUACUCCAUUGCAUAUAUUAGGCCCUGUUUGGCACACCACUAUAAAAAAACACCCCUACCUUGAAACGGUUUGUAAAACUAGAAAUGAAAAUACGUCAUUUUCCAUAAAUAUUUCUUUGGCACCCCCCUCCCAAAAAAACAAAAAAACAACUUAACAUUUCAGGGUUCAGGAGGGUCAACAUUGGUGGUGGCUAGACUAUUUAUAAAGACCUAAACCUUCACAUCUCACAAUAUAAAUGUCAUGUAUCUCACAAUAUAAAUGUUAUGUAUGAUAA